UGUCUACCUGUCAUGUAUCUGUUGAAGUGGACUCUAAUCCAAGGAUGGGGAAAUUUUGGCUCUUCAGAUGUUGUUGGACUACAACUCCCAUCAUUCUCAAUCAAUGGCUUUGCUGGCUGGGGUUGAUGUGAGUUGCAGCCACAGGUUCCCCAUUCCUGGCUUGUGACAUCAAAUCACUAUUAUUCCUUUAUUCAGAAUAUUUCUAGCCCACCUUUCUGGGCACAUUGCGUCUAGUCUUUAUAAAAUACCACAAGACUUCCUGUGCUUUGUUUUGUUUUUACCUGUCAUGAACUGGUUGAAGCUAAAGGGGCCUACUGUGAGGGAAAGGCCUUUUUGGGUGUGGUCUUUAUUAUAUUUAACAAAAUACAUUGUUUAAACAACAGCAGUGAAAAGAAAAAUGUACAUGCUGUAAAACAAGGAGAAAAUCUUGACAACAUCACAGUAGAUUCAGUCCAGCUGGGAAAGACACACCCAUUUGCAUUAACUAAGAGUGAGUUGCUUAUGUAGCUAAUCAGCAGACUCUAUAAUUCCAAAAGCAAGGUGGUGCAAGGCACAUACACCUACAGAUGGUAGUGUUAGAUGCAGGUCUCUACAGCUGCCUGGAUGACGAUGGAGAUGUGGCAGCUGAACUUUUCCCUUGCCUUGAACGCAGCAUUGUGGAUGGCGGAUGUGCUCAUUCUAUGCAGUUCAGUGAUGGGUUUGACCUUGACAUGGAAACAACGCCCCCGGACCCGCCUUGGGAUCUGCUGCAAGACUCUCUCUUCCCAGAACUCCAGGUGAAGUCAGAGCCGGUCUCCCCUGCUUCAUCUCAUUGCUCUGAUUCGUCGGCGGUGUCGUCUUCUUCUUCCUCCUCUUCCUCAUCAUGUGAUCUCCCAGGGCAGGCCGCUGGGCCAGAUUAUGUGAUGGGAGUGAAGACUGAGCACCCUCCAACCCCUCCGUGCAUGUUUGGAGAUGUUCUUUCACCCCCCUUUGGCACUGUGCACAUCAGCAUAGUCCCGGCUCCUGAAACAGGGAAACCAGCAACUCCUAACAAAGCUGAGAACAUUCUUAGUCGGAAGCCCCUCAUUCAGCCAAAGCCAGUUGUGGUGACCACUGUCCCAGUGCAGCCAACGGCCCCUUCCAGUCAGACCAUCUUAUUGCAGCCUGUACCUGUCACCCAGUCACAGACUAUCAACCCAGGAAUUUCAGUUCCAGCACAGGGUGUUGUGAUUUCCCAGUCUGAACUGCUGCAUCUCCCUGUGUCGGGGCUGAUCAAAGUUCAGUCCCCUGUGAAGGAAAGUCUUCCAGCCAAACCAUCUCCCUCUCCCCCCAAACCGGAAGCCAAAACUAUUGUCCCUGCACCAACGCAAAUAGGACCCUGCAACCAAGAGAUUGAUAUCAAGGUACUUAAACGGCAGCAGCGAAUGAUUAAGAACCGUGAGUCAGCCUGCCAAUCACGGCGAAAAAAGAAGGAAUAUCUGCAAGGGUUGGAGUCCCAGCUGCGGGAGGCCCUGACAGAGAACGAGCGACUGCGGCGAGAGAAUGUUCUCCUCCGCCGUCGAUUGGAUUGUGUCCUGAACGAGAACCGUGAGCUGAAAUUUUGCUCUGGGAACCGCAAAGUUGUCUGUGUCAUGGUUGUGCUGCUUUUCAUAGCCUUCAACUUUGGGCCUGUCAGCAUCAGUGAGCAUAAGGUGGCUGACGGGGACCUGCCCAAGCAGGACAUGGAGUCUGGCCCAGGUCGGAGGCACCUUCUAGGCAUAGCAGAGGAGGCUCAUGACAUUCCAGAGGAGGAGCAGGAGGAACAGCAAGAGGAGGCCCCAGCCAGGGCGGGAAAGGCACAAUUCCGGAACCUGUCGGCUCCCUUCUCUGACAUGAAGGACCUGAUGCUGAGGGACUUGGACAAGUUGUUCCUCGCUUCAGAUUGCCGCCAGUUCAAUCGUACUGAAUCUCUCAGGCUGGCCGACGAGCUGAGCGGCUGGGUCCGCCGACAUCAGAUCAACCGGAGGAAACCCUCACAGUCUCGCAAAACAGCACCAGCCAGCCAGGACAAACUGCAGAAGAAGCCUCCCAGCCCCUCCCACUAUGUGCCUGCCAGUCCCCCCAGGCACCCUGAGAGGGAUUCCCUGAGUCAGCUGCAGGUGUAUCGGCACACCGACCGCACCGAAUACGACUUUAUGGAUGCAAUAGAUCGGCGCGAGGAUACCUUCUACGUGGUGUCCUUCCGCAGGGAUCACUUACUGCUGCCUGCCAUCAGCCACAACAAAACAUCUCGCCCUAAAAUGUCACUGGUGAUGCCAGCCAUGGCCCUCAAUGAGAGUCUGUACAAUUCCUCCCUGGGCUACGAGGUGAUGAUGCAGAUAGACUGUGAGGUGAUGGACACCCGCGUCAUCCACAUCAAGAGCUCCACGGUGCCCCCCUUCCUGAAGCGGCAAGACCCCAUCCGUGACAACCGCACCCACCCUUCUCCAGCCUUUUCCGGGAGAGCGACGACCCGUGCAGCUCUGCGGUCCCACCGGCCCACUUUGACCUCGGGCAGGCGGCACCCACAUCGCACCCUGUACCUCGGGGAGCACGGAGGAGGCUAGCCUGACCCUCUGGAAGGGUAUAAAGAAAGCCCCAACUACACUGGGGAAGAGGACACAGUCCUGGCAACGGUGCUACUCCCACCAGGGAAGCGGACAUCCCCCCUUAGUGGAACCCUGCCUGUGUUGAGGAAUGGACAAUACCACUUCUGCUAGCUGGUACCCACUCUGUGGAGUGGCUGGGCCGUACCUCCUCAGAGAUGUUCCUCUUCUUGGGAGGGUCCUUAUCUAAUAUUGCUGCUGCUUCCAGGAUGGGUCAGUAGGGAUUUCUUCCUGCGUCUAGGGGUGCUGGGUCGUGCCCAUGGCCACCUUUCCCCCCUUGCAGCCAGAUCUCUAUGCCUCAGCAUGGCCCUGAUGAGACUUUCUGUGUGUCUCUGCUGCUCCCUAGCGGCUGAGACGAUGAAAUCUGUGCAUUUGUAAAUGAGGGAGAGUGAGAAGGGGUGCCUUUAAACUGCUGUCUGCAAUUGUACGUGUGUGUGUAUGAGAGAGGGAAAGGGAAAUCUACGAAGUGGAGAGAGUGAAUGUGUAUAUAUGUAUAUGGGUGGAUGUACUCCUCUCCCAGUUACUCUGAUGGAACUUAGACCUGCCCCUUUGGAUCCUCCUUGUCUCCCCCCCCCCCCCCCGGCAAAAUUGUGUUUUUUAAAAAAUGAACAAUAGCUACAAAUAAACAUAAUGUGUGACCUGACCUUUUUCUCUUUGUUUUUCGUUCUGGUUUGGAACCACUAUUAUACAGACAACUCAUAAGAGCCCAACAGGAGAGCUGGACCCAAAUAAAAAAACUUUGCAUGCUAUUGCUAGUAACUGAUGCUGAGGUAGUUCUAUUAUAAAAGAAACAACCCGAACACAGCAUGAACCAGAGAGGUUAGAGCAAUAUUGUGCUUGGUUAAGCCAGUUUUGUCUUCAGUUGCAAAAUACCACCAUCCCUCUGAGGAAAAGCUGAGUGAUUUUAUAUCAAACCUACCUCUGCUUUUUAUUACUGUUGUUUCAAAUCUCAAUAUUUGUGAAGCUGCAAUUGUGUGGCAGCGCCUGUUCUCUGGAACUCCCUGCCUAUUGAUAGUAGGCAAGCUCCUUUGCUGACUUGUUUUCACUGCCAAUUAAAGCUUUUUUCAUUUAGGCAAGCCUGUCCAGACAUGUAAUUUUGUUAAGUAUAUUUGUGUUGAAGCUACUGAUUUUCAUCUGUAUUUUCAUAAUGUUAUGUCUGCUGUCGUUUUGAAGUCUGUUGAUUUUUAUCUGUAUUUUCUUAUGAAUAUUUUC